AUGCGGCAUCUCAACUACCUGACUGCCAGCCUCCCAAAGUUGUACUGGUUUAUUCUAAACGGAAAUCACACGCCGACAACGCCUUCGCUUGAUUAUCGGAAAUCCUCACCUCCGCCCCCCUUUUUCAUCGCGAUACAUUUUCCUCCUGUUAGUGAUAGAUCCAUGAUCAAGGCGUCUCCUUUAUGCUGGCCCUUCUCUUCUCUUGUUUACUUUGAGUUGGUAGCUUGGUGGGGAAAAUGGCAACACUCACUGAUGGUGCAGAUUAUGAGGCCGGAGAAACGUCUGAAAAUGUAA